AACACCCUCUCGGGACUCUCCGAACUCGCCCUCAAUCUUGUUUACAAACGAGAGGAUUCUGAUAAAUGAUGGAUUUUUGAAGAAAAGGAUGAAUUUACGGCCUAAAUAAGAUUCGAAGAUGGAGUCACCCGUUAAGAAUACUUCCGGAGAAUCUCCAGACGUGACAGGAGUGUCGCGCUCAGGGAGGGUGAGGAAGAAAUCGUCAAAGUUAGCAGACUUCGAGUCUCCGGAUGAGAUCGACACCAGGUUUAAGCGUAAAACUGACAGGCCGCAAAAAUCGCCGCAAAAAGGUAGUGAUGUAUAUGAUGAAUCAGAUGGUGAGAUUGAUGAUGACUUACUUGAAGUAAAAGAUGAGCCAUUAGAAGUUGAUGAUUGGGGAGACAACGAUGAUGGUGAUGAAGACAUUGUAGAGGGUGAUGAUAAUGAUGAUGGAGAUGAAGGGAAUGAUCCCUUGCAUGUUGAUGAUGACUCGACCGACAUGCCACGAGAAACCUCUAAUUAUAGCCAGGCUCAGUCUCUGUACCUGUCUGAGAAGCAGGGGAAAAAGAACAUCAUGCUGAAGGACGGCCAGGUUGUGCAGAGAAAGAAAGCGCAGCGCAAGGAUAAAGGAAAAUCAAGAUUCACAGCCUAUAUGUUGUGGGCCAGAGAAAUCAGACCUGGCAUUAUUCAAGCAAACCCCAACAUGGAUUUUUCUGCUGUGAAUAAGAGGCUGGGAGAAUUAUGGGCAUUAGUACCAACAACCCAGAAAUAUAACUGGAAGCGGCGAGCAAAACGCCUGGCUGCCAAAGGUAAUCAGAAGGGCUCCAUGAUUAGCACAGGCAAGGCUGCCAAACAGUCUCAGAACACAGCUCGCAGCAAUCUCAUCAACAAAGGUGGUGUGAAACCCCAACAAGUUGUGCGCACAUCAUCAAAGCAGUCAGAUGUGGGGCCACCAGCGCCUACCCAGAAGGCACACACGUCAACACCAAAAACAAGUCGAUCUGUUGUAACAUCUAUCAGUGACCACAGUCCACCAAGUGCCUACAAAGUGACUGGAAGUUCGCCUAUUGACGUUGCUGCGCACAUCAAGCUAUUGGGAGAAUCACUGAACAAUAUCGGACAAAAGCUGAAGGAACAUGAGGGUCAGAUUGCUGUGUCAGGGAGUUUAUCUGUGCUGCUAGACUCAAUGUUAUGUGUCCUUGGACCACUGACAUGCCUUACAGCCCAGGUAGAGGAGAUAAGGGGAGCUGUACCAGAGCCCACUUUGAUGAAUAUACUUGAUAACAUUGCAUAUAUAAUGCCUGGCAUUGUUUAAAAUUUCAUUGUAAUUUGUGAUCGCUGUUUCUGUUAGGGUGUAAACACAAGAUGUUAUGCCUGAAUGAAAGUAAAAUUAUUUAUAUUA